CAUCCCGGUAGCAAUAUGGAGACAUUGAAACUGAUCCUAGUUUUCUCGGUACUGAUCGGACCAGGAAGUUUUCAUCCCAGGAGCGGGGAGAUCAAAGUGAUCCGGCAGGGUUAUACCGAGUACCUUGCUUCGGGGGUGAUUCCGGAAUUCAUGAGGGGGGCCGUCGCGGGGCUCCAGCUGCCCGGAAUUUUCCGCGACGACGACAAAACCGAAACUUUGUACGCCGGUCUGUUUUCGUCCGACGACGACGACGACGACGACGACAAUUACUGUACGUUGUGCGCGACGAUGGUCGAUUUUCUGAUCGCCCAGAGGCGCGCGGGGGUUUCCAGAGACUCACUGGCGCGCGAGGUUGUCGGAUUGUGCGUCGAGUUCGGUAUCGAGAACGCCGGAGUGUGCGAAGGAACCGUCGAUCUUAAUAUAGAUAUAUUUGUCAGCAUAGUCGACAAACAUCCCGAACUAACCGGGGGGCAACUCUGCGGGAUCCGAUUCGAGAACAAGGGCUGCGUCCCGGAUAACAAGACCGCAAUCGAUUGGGAGGUCGAUAUACCCCCAUUGCUCGAGUCGGCCAAACGCAAGGUCAGAGGUCAGCCGGGCACCAUCAAAAUCCUCCACAUAUCGGACCUGCAUUACGACCCGAUGUACACCGCGAACAAGACAAACGUAUGCGGCGAACCCAUCUGCUGUCAAAGCGAUCAACCCGAAGGAAACGUGGUCGAGGGCACGGCCUGCGGCUACUGGGGAGACUACACGGGCGCGGACGCCCCCUGGCGGCUGUUCCAAGCCGUCACCGAUCAACUAAGAACGCACGAUUACGACCUGGUGUACUUUACGGGCGACGUCUCCAGCCAUCGCACGUGGUCGACGAGCGUGAGUGACUUGUCGAGAGACUUCGCCAGAGUUUUCGACGCUUUGAAGGAGACGUUCGAUGUGCCCGUCUUUUCGGUGGUGGGAAACCACGAACCGAACCCCGCUAACACGUAUUACUUCGGAGACGACGACGAGUCGACUUUCUCCACUAGGUGGCUGUAUGAGCUAGCGGUCGAGAAAUGGAGUGACUGGUUGCCUGGGGAGGCGCGCCAAACCUUACUCAGGGGCGGGUUUUAUACGGUAUCACCACUGGAAGGGUUCCGAGUGGUCGUAUUGAAUAAUAACGUAGCUCACGACGUCAACUGGUGGUUGAUCGACUCUGUCGACGACCCGUACGAGCAGCUAGCCUGGCUCGUGGAAGUGCUGAAGGAAGCGGAGGACAAGGGCGAGACGGUCCACCUGCUCUCGCAUUUCCCUAGCGGCAAGGGGGUGCUGAAGGUUUGGAGUCGCGAGUACAACAAGAUCGUGAGAAGAUUCGCCGACACCAUCGCCGCCCAGUUCAACGGCCACUCCCAUUACGACCAGUUCGUCGUCUAUUACGACACGAAGGACGACAAAGACAAACCGGUGGGAGUCGCCUUCAACGGGGCAUCUUUGACCACCCUCGAAGACGUAAACCCCAGCUACAAGAUAUACGCGGUCGACGCGGAGAGUUACGUAGUGGACGACUUUGAGGAGUGGACGUUCAACUUGACGGACGCGAACACCCACCCGGACACGCCCCCCGCCUGGUUCAAACUGUACUCCUUCAAAGAGGCGUACGGGGUGGAGCGAUUGGCCCCCGUGGCACUGAACGACCUUCUGCACCUCAUGGCCAGGAAUCAUUCCCUUCUCACAGACUAUCACAGGUACCGUUUCCGUAAUUCGGAUCCGGCACUGCGCGCAGGCUGCGACGCCAAGUGUCAGAAAAAGUACCUGUGCGAAAUGUCUACCUCCCGGGUAGACAAAAAGUCCCACUGCAAGGAGCUGAAGGCGCUAUACGACGAAAACGCGUGA